AUGAACUCUGCGCCAAGCACAGGCUACACAAACAUUUACAGUCCCACCAGCACACCUGAGAUGACAGCAACAAUGACUACAAACAGGACUUCAAGUAACACAGGACACAUGACAAUAGUUACUCAAAAUUCCACAUUUAUCACUACUGGAGACACAAAGACAACCUUACUGAAUGUCGUGUCAACGGAAUCAACACCCAACACCCCUACUCAGGAGUUAAGAACAUCUUCUCAGAAUCACCACAGUGAAAGCAAGGAGACCAGCAGCAUACCUCAAAACACCCGCACAGACAUGAUCACAUCAACUCCUUCACCCGCCCCAAGUGGACCCACUCUGUCACAGACAGAAACAGACACCCCAUAUGAUCAAACCAUGAGCAGUUCACUUCCAAGUAUAACUUCUACAGAAUCCACUUCAGAAUAUAAAGGGCACACAUCUGCAAUUGUUAGCAAAAGCUCAGCAACAGUCACCACCAAAGUCUCAGUGACAUCCUCAGCACAGGAACUGUCCACAGUGCUCACACUCAGCACCUCUACUCAGGAACUGUCAACAUCUCAGAACCACCAGAGUGAAAGCAUGGAGACCAGCAGUGUACCUCAAACCUCCCACACAGAGGUAACCACAUCAAUUCCUCCACCCUCCCCCAGUAGUUCAACUUCAGCACAGACAGUGUCCCAGGUGACAUCAUCUCCAGUUGAAACAACCAAACUAGUUACUUCCAAUGUCAGCAACACAUCCCCAGCCACAUCAGAGGUGCUCACCACAGCGCCCUCUACAGACUCCACCUCAGGAAACACAGGACACACAUCUCCAGUGCUUUCUCAAAUUUCCUACUCUGCCAUUACUGGAGUUCCAGUGACAAAUUCACCCUUUCUUCUGCCAACAGGGACAACACCCAUCAGCUCCACUCAGAAUUGGUCAACAUCUUCUCAGACCCAACAGAGUGAAAGCAUGGAGACCAGCAGCACCCUUCAAACAACCCUCACAGAGGUGACCACAUCAAUGCUUUCAUCCUACACAAGCAGCUCAACUACAGCACAGACAAGAUCCCAAUUGACAUCAUCUCCAGUUGAAACAAACAACCCAUCCACUGCCAGUGUCAGCAACACAUCCCUAGAGACAUCAGAGGUGCUAACCACAGCACCCUCUACAGACUCUGCUCCAGGAAGCACAACUCCAGGCAUUACCCAAAACUCUGUAACCAACACAGGAGUCUCAAUGACAUCUUCAGCACAGGAACUGUCAACAGUGUCAACACCCAUCACCUCUACUCAGGAAUUGUCAACAUCUUCUCAGAAUGACCACAGUCAAAGCAUAGAGACCAACAGCACACCCAAGUCCUCCCUCACAGAUGUGACUACAUCAACUCCUUUUCCCUCCCCAAGUGGCCAAAUGCUGACACAGACAGAAACAGCUACCCCAUAUGCUCACACCAUAAGUAGUUCACUUCCAAGUAUAACUUCUACAGAUUCCACCUCAGAAAAUAAAGGGCACACAUCUUCAGUUGUUACCCAAAGCUCAGCACCAGACACCACUGAGGUCUCAGUGACACCCUCAGCACAGGAACUGUCCACAGGACUCACACUCAGCACCUCUGCUCAGGAAUUGUCAACAGUUUCUCAGAACCACCAGAGUGAAAGCAUGGAGACCAGCAGUGUACCUGAAACCUCUCUCACAGAGGUGACCACAUCAACUCCUUCACCCUCUCCAACUGGCUCAACUCCAGGACAGACAAGGUUGCCAGUGACAUCAUCUCCAGUUGAAACAACCAAACUAGUUACUUCCAGUGUCAGCAACACAUCCCCAGCCACAUCAAAGGUGCUCACCACAGCACCCUAUACAGACUCUACCUCAGGAAACACAGGGCACACAUCUCCAGUGGUUUCUCAAAGUUCUUCCUCUGUCAUUACUGGAAUCCCAAUGACAAUUUCACCAACUGUUCUGUCAACAGUGACAACACCCAUCGCUUCCACCCAAGAUUCGUCAGCAUCUUCUCAGAACCAACAGAGUGAAAGCAUGGAGGACAACAGCAUGCCUCAAACUUCCCUCACAGAGGUGACUGUGUCAACUACUCCACCCUCCCCAAGUGGAGCCACUCACUCACAGACAGAAACAUCCAUUCCAUAUGCUCACACAAUGAACAGCUCACCUUCAAGGACACUGUCUACAGAAUCCACCUCAAAAAGCACAGGACACACAACUGCAAUUGUUACACAAAGCUCAGGAGCAGAUACCACCCAGGUCUCAAUGACCACCUCAGCACAGGAACUGUCCACAAUGCUCACACCCAACAUCUCUACUCAGGAAUUGUCAACAGUUUCUCAGAACCACCAGAGUGAAAGCAUGGAGACCAGCAGCACAGCUCAAACCUCCCUAACAAAAGUCACUGUUUCAACUCUUUCACCCUCCCCAAGAGGCUCAGCUCCAGCACAGACAGGGUCCCAAUUGACAUCAUCUCCAGUUGAAACAACCAACCCAUCCACUGCCAGUGUCAGCAACACACCCCUAGAGACAUCAGAGGUGCUAACCACAGCACCCUCUACGGACUAUGCUUCAGGAAGCACAACUCCAGGCAUUACCCAAAACUCUGUAACCAACACAGGAGUCUCAAUGACAUCUUCAGCACAGGAACUGUCAACAGUGUCAACACCCAUCACCUCUACUCAGGAAUUGUCAACAUCUUCUCAGAAUGACCACAGUCAAAGCACAGAGACCAACAGCACACCCCAGUCCUCCCUCACAGAUGUGACUAUAUCAACUCCUUUACCCUCCCCAAGUGGCCAAAUGCAGACACAGACAGAAACAGCUACCCCAUAUGCUCACACCAUGAGCAGUUCACUUCCAAGUGUAAGUUCUACAAAUUCCACCUCAGAAAAUAAAGGGCACACAUCUUCAAUUGUUACCCAAAGCUCAGCACCAGACACCACCGUGGUCUCAGUAACACCCUCAGCACAGGAACUGUCUACUGUACUCACAGUCAGCACCUCUACUCAGGAAAUGUCAACAGUUGCUCAGAACCACCAAAGUGAAAGCAUGGAGACCAGCAAAACACCCACCACCACCCUCACAGAGGUGGUCACAUCAACUCCUUCACCCUCUCCAACUGGCUCCACUCCAGCACAGACAGUGUCCCAGGUGACAUCAUCUCCACUUGAAACAACCAAACUAGUUACUUCCAGUGUCAGCAACACAUCCCCAGCCACAUCAGAGGUGUUUACCACAGCACCCUCUACAGACUCCACCUCAGGAAACACAGGGCACACAUCUCCAGUGGUUUCUCAAAGUUCUUCCUCUGUCAUUACUGGAAUCCCAAUGACAAUUUCACCAACUGUUCUGCCAACAGUGACAACACCCAUCGCUUCCACCCAAGUUUCGUCAGCAUCUUCUCAGAACCAACAGAGUGAAAGCAUGGAGGACAACAGCAUGCCUCAAACUUCCCUCACAGAGGUGACUGUGUCAACUACUCCACCCUCCCCAAGUGGAGCCACUCACUCACAGACAGAAACAUCGACUCCAUAUGCUCACACAAUGAACAGCUCACCUUCAAGGACACUGUCUACAGACCCCACCUCAAAAAGCACAGGACACACAAGUGCAAUUGUUACACAAAGCUCCGCAGCAGAUACCACCGAGUUCUCAAUGACCACCUCAGCACAGGAACUGUCCACAGUGCUCACACCCAGCACCUCUACUCAGGAAUUGUCAACAGUUUCUCAGAACCACCAGAGUGAAAGCAUGGAGACCAGCAGCACAGCUCAAACCUCCCUAACAAAAGUCACUAUUUCAACUCCUUCACCCUCUCCAAGUGGCUCAACUCCUGCACAGACAGUGUCCCAGGUGAUGUCAUCUCCACUUGAAACAACCAAACGAGUUACUUCCAGUGUCAGCAACACAUCCCCAGCCAUAUCAGAGGUGCUCACCACAGAGCCCUCUACAGACUCCACCUCAGGAAACACAGGACACACAUCUCCAGUGGUUUCUCAAAGUUCCUCCCCUGUCAUCACUGAAAUCCCAAUGACAAUUUCACCAACUGUUCUGCCAACAGUGACAACACCCAUCGCUUCCACCCAAGUUUCGUCAGCAUCUUCUCAGAACCAACAGAGUGAAAGCAUGGAGGACAACAGCAUGCCUCAAACUUCCCUCACAGAGGUGACUGUGUCAACUACUUCACCCUCCCCAAGUGGAGCCACUCACUCACAGACAGAAACAUCGACUCCAUAUGCUCACACAAUGAACAGCUCACCUUCAAGGACACUGUCUACAGAAUCCACCUCAAAAAGCACAGGACACACAACUGCAAUUGUUACCCAAAGCUCAGCACCAGACACCACCGAGGUCUCAAUGACAACCUCAGCACAGGAACAGUCCACAGGGAUCACACUCAGCACAUCUGCUCAGGAAUUGUCAACAGUUUCUCAGAACCACCAGAGUGAAAGCAUGGAGACCAGCAGCACCCUUCAAAUAACCCUCACAGAGGUGACCACAUCAAUGCUUUCAUCCUACACAAGCAGCUCAGCUCCAGCACAGACAGGAUCCCAAUUGACAUCAUCUCCAGUUGAAACAGCCAACCCAUCCACUGCCAGUGUCAGCAAUACAUCCCUAGAGACAUCAGAGGUGCUAACCACAGCACCCUCUACGGACUCUGCUACAGGAAGCACAACUCCAGGCAUUACCCAAAACUCUGUAACCAACACAGGAGUCUCAAUGACAUCUUCAGCACAGGAACUGUCAACAGUGUCAACACCCAUCACCUCUACUCAGGAAUUGUCAACAUCUUCUCAGAAUGACCACAGUCAAAGCGCAGAGACCAAUAGGACACCCCAGUCCUCCCUCACAGAUGUGACUACAUCAACCUCUUUACCCUCCCCAAGUGGUCAAAUGCUGACACAGACAGAAACAACCACCCCAUAUGCUCACACCAUGAGCGUUUCACUUCCAAGUAUAACUUCUACAGAUUCCACCUCAGAAAAUAAAGGGCACACAUCUUCAAUUGUUACCCAAAGCUCAGCACCAGACACCAGCGUGGUCUCAGUGACACCCUCAGCACAGGAACUGUCCACAGGGAUCACACUCAGCACCUCUGCUCAGGAAUUGUCAACAGUUUCUCAGAACCAACAGAGUGGAAGCAUGGAGACCAGCAGUAUACCUCAAACCUCCCUCACAGAGGUGAACACAUCAACUCCUUCACCCUCUCCAAGUGGCUCAACUCCAGUACCGACAGGGUUCCCAGUGACAUCAUCUCCAGUUGUAACAAUCAAACUAGUUACUUCCAGUGUCAGCAACACAUCCCCAGCCACAUCAGAGGUGUUUACCACAGCACCCUCUACAGACUCUACCUCAGGAAACACAGGGCACACAUCUCCAGUGGUUUCUCAAAGUUCUUCCUCUGUCAUUACUGGAAUCCCAAUGACAAUUUCACCAACUGUUCUGCCAACAGUGACAACACCCAUCGCUUCCACCCAAGUUUCGUCAGCAUCUUCUCAGAACCAACAGAGUGAAAGCAUGGAGGACAACAGCAUGCCUCAAACUUCCCUCACAGAGGUGACUGUGUCAACUACUCCACCCUCCCCAAGUGGAGCCACUCACUCACAGACAGAAACAUCGACUCCAUAUGCUCACACAAUGAACAGCUCACCUUCAAGGACACUGUCUACAGACCCCACCUCAAAAAGCACAGGACACACAAGUGCAAUUGUUACACAAAGCUCCGCAGCAGAUACCACCGAGUUCUCAAUGACCACCUCAGCACAGGAACUGUCCACAGUGCUCACACCCAGCACCUCUACUCAGGAAUUGUCAACAGUUUCUCAGAACCACCAGAGUGAAAGCAUGGAGACCAGCAGCACAGCUCAAACCUCCCUAACAAAAGUCACUGUUUCAACUCUUUCACCCUCCCCAAGAGGCUCAGCUCCAGCACAGACAGGGUCCCAAUUGACAUCAUCUCCAGUUGAAACAACCAACCCAUCCACUGCCAGUGUCAGCAACACAUCCCUAGAGACAUCAGAGGUGCUAACCACAGCACCCUCUAUGGACUAUGCUUCAGGAAGCACAACUCCAGGCAUUACCCAAAACUCUGUAACCAACACAGGAGUCUCAAUGACAUCUUCAGCACAGGAACUGUCAACAGUGUCAACACCCAUCACCUCUACUCAGGAAUUGUCAACAUCUUCUCAGAAUGACCACAGUCAAAGCACAGAGACCAACAGCACACCCCAGUCCUCCCUCACAGAGGUGACCACAUCAAUGCUUUCAUCCUCCCCAAGUGGCUCAACUUCAGCACAGACAGGGUCCCAAUUGACAUCAUCUCCAGAUGAAACAACCAAACUAGUUACUUCCAGUGUCAGCAACACAUCCCCAGCCACAUCAGAGGUGCUCACCACAGCACCCUCUACAGACCCUGCUCCAGGAAGCACAACUCCAGACAUUACCCAAAACUCUGUGAUCACUAGAGAAGUCUCAAUGACAUCUUCAGGACAGGAACUGUCAACAGUGUCAAAACCCAUCACCUCUACUCAGGAAUUGUCAACAUCUUCUCAGAAUGACCAUAGUCAAAGCAUAGAGACCAACAGCACACCCCAGUCCUCCCUCACAGAUGUGACUAUAUCAACUCCUUUACCCUCCCCAAGUGGCCAAAUGCUGACACAGACAGAAACAACCACCCCAUAUGCUCACACCAUGAACAGUUCAUUUCCAAGUACACUUUCUACAGAUUCCACCUCAGAGAAUAUAGAACACACAUCUGCAAUGGUUUCUCAAAGUACCUCUUCUGUCAUUACUGGAGUCCCAAAGACAAAUUUGCCCAUCAUUCUGUCAACAGUAAAAACACCCAUCACCUCUACUCAGGAAUUGUCAACAUCUUCUCUUACCCACCAGAGUGAAAGCAUGGAGACCAGCAGCACAGCUCAAACCUCCUUCACAGUGGUGACCACAUCAACUCAUUCAUCCCUCCCAAGUGGACCCACUCUGACACAGACAGUGUCUUUGGGGACAUCCUCCUACAGAGAAAUAACUACUCCAUCUUCUUCCAGCAUGAGUUACCCACCUCCAACCACAUCAGACACACACAGUUCUACAUAUGCCACGGGGCACUCACCUACACCUGUAACUGGGAGCCUCAGUGUUGUCACAUCAAGAGACUCAAGUCCAGAUGCACAGUCAACAGUCAGGGUGGACAGCACCUCUAGUCAACCAUUAUUUACAUAUCCUCAGAGUCACCACAGUACAAGCAUGACUACCUCCAGCAUAUCUCGAACCAGCAUCCUCACAGAGAUGGCCACACAAAACUAUUCAUCCUCUUCACCUGGACCCAAUGCGACAGACAUUACCUCUGGUGGGACAUCCUCCUCGGCAAUGACCACAAGCUCCUUGAAGACAGACAGUGACAGAGGCACAUCACUCUCUGUUACCUCCUUGACCUUUACCACUCCCAGCACAACCCUAACCUCCAGGUCAACAGUGUCCUCACUCCCUAUUUUACCAGAGCAAGGCAUUUCCCUCUUCCCCUAUGGGACAAGGCCUGUUGGAGACAAGCAGUUUUUUGCCAGGACUGUGGAUUUUACCUCCCGCCUCUUCAAGCUCCAGAUUGGUUUCCCACUUGGCUCCUCUCUGCGGGAUUCCUUCUACUUCACAGAUAACGGCCAGAUCAUUUUCCCAGAGUCUGACUACAGCAUCUUCUCUUACCCCAACCCACCUCAAAGUGGCUUCACAGGAAGAGAAAGGGUAGCCAUGGUGGCCCCAUUCUGGGGUGAUGCUGAUUUCUCUAGUUCCAGGGGAACCAUAUUUUACCAGGAAUACAACACACUUUAUGAUGAAAACAUUGGGCCAGUCCGGGAGGUAGAGACUUUGAUUCAUGAGUUCACUGAUGACUGGAGCUACAAAGCCAAGUGGACACUGAAAGUCACCUGGGUCAACGUUCCUGCCUAUCCUGCCCAGUGGAGCUAUGGGACCAAUACCUACCAAGCCAUCCUCUCUACAGAUGGGAGCAGUUCCUAUGCCCUGUUUCUCUACCAGAGCGGUGGGAUGCAGUGGAAUGUGAUCCAGGGUCUGGGCAACCAAGUCCUCAUGGGCUUCUCCAGUGGAGAUGGGUAUUUUGAAAACAGCCCGCUGACAUUCCGGCCAGCAAUGGAGAAGUACCGUCCAGAUCGAUUCCUGAAUUCCAAAUUAGGCAUCCGGGGGGUGCAGGUCUACAGGCUACACAAGGAGGUGAGGCCCAACUACCGACUCAAGUGUCUGUGGUGGCUCAACAGCCAACCUCAGAGUCCCAGCUGGAGUUGGGGCUGGAGGCCGCUUUCCUGUCCUUGCUCCUGGCAGCAAGGACUAUGGGACUUUCGGUUCUGGCGCAUGAACACAGGUUGGUGGAACGGCGGUAGCAGGCAGCUAUGCAGCUUCUCCUCCUGGCAAGGUGGUGUGUGCUGCAGCUACGGCCUCUGGGGAGAGUUUCGAGAAGGCUGGAGAAUGCACAGUCCUUGGCAGUUUGAGCAGGAGCGGGAGGCACAGAAAUGGUGCUGCCACUGGAACGACAAGCCCUCCUUCUGUGCCCAGUACCAUCGCAGGAGGCCCCGCGUUAGUUGUGCUUGGUACAGGCCCCCACGGCCCGCUUGGACAUAUGGUGACCCCCACAUCACCACUCUGGAUAAUGCCACUUACACCUUCAAUGGGCUGGGGGACUUUCUGCUGGUCCAGGCCCAGGACACAAAUUCCUCCUUCAUGCUGGAGGGCCGCACUGCCCAGACUGGCUCUGCCAGGGCCACUAACUUCAUUGCCUUUGCUGCUCAAUACAACACCAACAGCUUGGCUUCUUCCAUCACAGUUCAGUGGUUCCUGGAGCCCAAUGACACAAUCCGAGUUCUACACAAUAACCAGACCGUAGCCUUUAACACCAGCCACACUGAUGAAGGCUUGCCAAUGUUCAAUACCACUGGGAUCCUCUUGACCCAAAAUGGCUCCCAGGUCUCAGCCAUCUUUGAUGGAACGGUGGCCAUCUCUGUGAUUGCUCUUUCCAACAUCCUUCAUGCCUCCACCAGUCUCCCAGAGGAGUACCGCAACCACACGGAGGGACUCCUGGGAGUCUGGAAUGACCAUCCAGAGGAUGACUUCAGGAUGCCCAAUGGCUCCACCAUCCCCGGAAACAGCUCCGAGGAGGCCAUUUUUCACUAUGGAAUGACAUGGCAAAUCAAUGGGACAGGCCUCCUCGGGAAGAGGAAAGACCCUCUGCCUUCUAACUUCACCCCCAUCUUCUUGUCACAACUGUUGAACACCUCAAAUGAAAACGUGAUCUCGGGAUGCAGGGGAGACGAACAAUGUGUGUUUGAUGCCCUGGCUACAGGAAAUGUAACCACCGGACAGAACACCAAUGCAAUCCUUACAACGUUCCAGCAUGUGAAUGGCACCCUUAAUCAGUACCCGCCCUCUGUCAACUGCUGCAGUGAGAUCCGAGCCUACAAGGGGCGGACAGAGAUCAUUGAGAUCACCAGCAACUCUAAGGAUGUCACAUUCAGCCUCACCAACCAGUGUAGUGGCUUCAAACUCCUUGAAAACGGAAGUUUGCAGUGGACGCCAACACAUCCAGAAGUGUGUACUCUGGAGAUUCUAGUGACAGACGCCAGGACUAACUUGUCAUCCAUACUGCAGCCCAAGACUGUGGCUUGCUUCUGCGGUGUGGAGGGUCAGUGUUUGUACAAUGAGACCAGCAAGGAAGGCAAUUCUUCCCUGGAGGUGACCAACUGCAAGUGUGAUGGAGACACCUUUGGCCGCUUCUGUGAACACUCCAAGGACCACUGUGAAGAGGCAUGCUUCCCGAAUGUGUCCUGCAUUCCUGGGAAGGGCUGUGAGGCCUGCCCUCCAGACAUGACUGGAGAUGGGCGUCACUGUGCAGCUCUAGAGGAUUCUUUAGUCUGCCAGAACCAUUCCUGUCCUGAGAAUUACUGCUAUAACCAUGGCCACUGCUACAUCUCUGGGGCUCCCGACUGCCAACCCACUUGCACCUGCCCGCCAGCCUUCA